AUGAAGACCUUACUGCUGUUAACCCUUACGGCCUAUACCUCAUUCACAACUUAUAUUCUUCAUAGAUCAAGAAAUGUUCCCGCAAGCGAUCAGUAUUUAUCGGCAACAUCAGUAGUGAUGGGUGAGCUAGUAAAACUUUCUAUCUCAGUAGCCCUACUUUAUAAAGAUAAUUGGUACCAAGACUCGUCUCAUCAAUUACCUAAUACGAAAAAAGACUUGAUCAACACGGAGUCGGAAAUAUCUUUAAUUGAAAUCUUUAAGAGGGUUUGCGAUAAAGAUAUUUUACGUAUCGUUUUCCCAGCAAGCCUUUAUGUCAUACAGAGCAUGUUUCAGCUGACUGGUAUGAUGUAUCUCUCACCUUUAACAUAUCAAACUUUAUCUCAAUUCAAAAUCAUUGCCGUCGCAUCUUUAUCUACCUUUCUUUUAGGUAAAAGGCUUAAUUCACGUCAUUGGAUUGCUAUUUUUACGCUUCUUAUCGGAGUCAUCAUGGUUCAAAUGAAUGCUAGAGCCUCUCUUAUACACAGACUGGUUAAAAAAGACAUAUUGCCGGAUAUCAAACCGGUCGGUAUUGAUGUUUUUAUCGGUCCUAUCUUUAUUUUGGUUUCUUGCUUCCUAGGAAGUCUAGGCGGUAUCCUAUUGGAGAAAAAAAUAAAGCGAGAUUCAAGACCAGGGGCCCUCUGGAUUUUCAACGCCCAGCUUUCUAUUAUCAGUCUACUACCGGCUUUCUGUAUUCUAUUAUCAGAAUGUUACCAGAAAGGAGUAUCUAAUCCGUUUAUAAACUUUUCAUCGUUAGCAUGGAUUACAGUUUUUGCUCGUGCAGGCGGCGGUAUUCUCGUGGCUUUAAUUUUAAAACACGCAGACAACAUUUUAAAAGCCUUUGCAACGUGCGCCGCUAUUCUUCUUACACUAUGUGUGACUGCUAUCUCCUAUGGCAUAUAUCCAUCUUAUCAUGUCUGUAUAGGGGCCGCUAUGGUGAUUACCAGUACUGUAGGUUAUGCAAUAGCCGAGCAACAGGAAAAGCAAACAGCGCAAAUGCCGAUGGAAAAGUCUUAG